GACCCGGACCCAUCAUUAUAUCAAAGAAGUCCAAAUGCAGAACUAGUUGCCGAUCGGUUGAUAAUAUGCAAGCCACCAUGGCUGCAAAUUCUGCUUAUUGCACACAGAUCUGGAGCAGACAAAAGUUAGAUAAUGUCUUGAUUCAGAUUUGGGAGGCAAGCCGCGAAAAACAUCAAGAGGGACGAGAAUACUGGGAGCUCAAGGCAAAGAACGAACCAUUUUAUGUUCUUUCUAGUGAUGACGAGGGAUUUUCAUCGUACAGGAUUCACUCUCUAGCUUCUACGGUUACCAUAAAAGAAGACGGAGAAGAUGACGACGAAGAAACAAGUGUUAUUGCCCACGUAUUUAUGAGUAAUAGGCCUGAAAUGAGUCCUAAAAUUGAAUUUUACUCUGUGAAUGAGUAUUCGCAUAAGGAUUUUGCGUUGACUUGUGGGAUUCGAGCUUCUCUUUGUUUACCUCUCUUUAAAACUGUUAACUUCUCAGGCCGCCCUGAUGGGGUUAUGGAACUUGUCUCCACUUGUGACCAGGAUCUCGAAAAAGUCAAGCUAUCUACUCACUUAUCCUACUUCUUGAAGAAACUAGGAAUGUAUUCGUUAGGUGACAAUAUAUACCGCUUCAUAAGGACGAAUACCCGAAAACAUGCAAUGCUGGAAAUGGAUCACUUGUUGGAGGUGAUAUGUCAAACAUUCCGCUUACCUCUUGCUCAAUACUGGGUAAUUAAAGAUGCUAACUUAGGAGGCCUUGAAGUAAUGUAUCAAUCAAGUCACAGAGAUUUUGAAAAUAUAAUACCCUGGUGUCAGUUUAAAGAUGCUUGUUUGCGGAUGGGGUCACAUGUAGGUGAAGGUCCUGUUGGCAAGACGUAUCUAUCCCAAAAAUCCUUGUUCUGCAGGGAUAUAACGGAACUCACUAUUACUAAUCACCCCUUGGCACAUUAUGCACAGAACUGCGGGUCAAUUGCUUGUUUCACAAUAUGCUUGUGGAGCCUUUCACCACAAUACAGAGAAUGUGUACUCGAGUUCUUUCUGCCCUCACAAGAAAUGGAUAGUUAUUACCCUCAAACCUUGUUGAACUCUCUAUUGACAACAAUGAAGGAAAAUCUUCUAUUUGAUAUGGUUGCUUCAGAGGGACAGUUAGGGGAAGUGUUAUUAGUUGAGGUUAUCAACUCUUCCGGGUAUGAACCAGAGACUUUUAAAAUAGGUCAGCCUGUGUGUUCGCUUGCAGACCAUGAAGAUUAUGUAUUCCAACAAGGUACUGGCAGUUCACAAUUGUUGUUUGAAGAUGGUACGGUGCAAGAUGAGCAUGUUCGGGACAUAGAGAAGUCCAACGAUGUCACUGUUUCAUAUUUAGAUGCAGUGGUCGGAGAUAUGACAAUAGCCACACCUGAUAUAGUGGAAAUAGAUAAUUCUGCUCUGGAAAUCAUGCUGGAAGAUGCGAUAAAGCAGAAAGAGCACACUGUGGUUCCAGAGAGAGAUGACCUAGUGGAACAAUCACCUGAAGACAGUGGAUAUGCUAUGACCCCUGGAACUGAUCAGCCUUCGAGGCUGGAAGAUCUUCUUCAAAAACAAAACGAAGGGAUUAUGGUGGGCUUGGAAGAAGAUGAUACAACCGUCCAAUUCAAAGAGGAUACUUCCGAAAGAGAGAAGCAAUUGGGAAGUAAAGAUAUCACGUUUGAGGGAAUUAGUGAGCUUUUCGGAAGACCAUUAGAAGAUGCAGCAAAGAGCUUUGGUGUUAGUCGAUCGACACUCAAACGCAAGUGUAGAGGUCUUGGUAUUAAAGACUGGCGACGAGGCAAGCAAAGCAUAAAAGGAAACAUGUCAUCUGAUCUUAGGAGAAGAUUAAAUGACGAUGAACAAGCUGGAAAAAACUUUCAUUCGGGUUUGCCUUCCGGGGAAAAAGCACCUGCUGUUGAUCAUAUAAGCCAAACAUUGAAUGAGGUGACUGUAAGGGCAAUGUACAAUGGUGUGACUAUAAGGUUUGAUUUAUCUGAUUCAUCAGGGAUUGCAGAGCUAGAAAAUAAUGUGAUCGAGAGGCUGCACUUGGAGAGGGAGAGUUUCAGUAUCAAGUACCGAGAUGAUGAGGACAUUUGGAUAUUGAUUGCUUGUGACAAGGACGUGCGGAAAUGCAUCGAAAUCUCACGGUCAUUAAAGAGAACAUCAAUCACGCUGUUGGUUGAUCCUCCGAUCAAUCAUCGUAAACAAUAGAAGUACAUGGUUAAGGACGUCGGAAAUGUAAUGAAACCUCACGAUCAUUGCAUAUUUGUACGACGACUUGCUUGUCGACGGAUCCCACCAUUAUUCUCACUUUUGUUAUUUUUAAUUAAUUCACUCGCAUGUUUCUACAUUAUUUAUUCAGGGUCUCCGUGUCCAGCCCAUUUGAUAACUAAUGACCGGGACGGAGGAAGUAACUAAUUAAGACUUUGAUAUUUGUGGUU